UUAUUUUAGUCAAGUGUAUUUGUUUAAUAUUGUGGUCGUUUUAUCUUUAGGCCCAAGAGAAUAAAAUGAAGUGUGAUUUUAGGGCUCUCUUUUGUUUUUUGCUGUUGGUUCAUAACGGACAUUCUGAAGAAAUCAAUGACACAGACAAACAGGCACAAAAUACGUCUCCCACAAAGGCUCCAUUGGGGGAAACCUGCGUGACGAACAAACAACUGCGCGGACGCUGUGUGAAACCGAACGAGUGUAUGGAAACAGAAGAUUUUGACGACAUUUUAGCCAAACCAAAUGCAUACAGAUCUCCAUACGUCUGUGAAACCUCGAAACAGUGUUGCCCUAGGAAGUCGAUAAUAGUGCCCAAAGUACCUGAGCUAUCUACACUGGAAGGUUGCGGCUGGAGCUAUUCUGAUAAUCCUGGGCUCAGGGUGUUCAGCGAUCACGCCGGUUUUAGAGAGUACCCUUGGAUGAUAGCUGUUUUACGGAAAUCUACCUCUAGUGAAAACUUUGAGAUAAACGACUAUGUGGCAGGAGGGACGCUCAUCCAUCCUUCUGUUGUGAUGACGGCAGCACAUAGAAUUCUCAAGCAAAAAGCAAAUGAGGUAAAAUGCCGAGCUGGGGAAUGGGAUAUCAAGUCAACUAAUGAAGUAUUUGAUCACCAAGAAAGAAAUGUUAAAAACAUAACAAUACACGAGACAUUUAGUUUCAAAGUGGCACACAACAAUAUAGCGCUAUUGAUUCUUGAACAGCCAUUCGAUUUAACAAAUAGCCCUCAUAUUGGAAUCGCGUGUUUGGGGCAACACAUGCCCCCAGUAGGCACAACUUGUAUCAGUAUGGGUUGGCAUAAUCACGUUGUAGGCAACACAAAUCCAGUUACAUUAAAAAAGGUGCAGCUGCCUAUUUACGACAAGCAGAAAUGUCAGACGGAAUUAAGUAAAUUGCAUCAUCUGCGUCAUUGGCAAAUUCACGAUUCUAUAAUGUGUGCCGGCGGGAUGGAAGGCGAAGACACCUGCACAGGAGACGGCGGUUCCCCUAUAGUCUGUGAAAUACAGAGCGAACCUGAAUUACGUUAUGCAGUUUUUGGUAUUCAUGCGUUCAGAAUAAGAUGCGGAAUUAAAGAUUCUCUCCCGGGACUUAAUACGGACGUCACUUACGAAUAUGACUGGAUUAAGUCGACUUUCACAGGAGAAGGUUUCAACACUUCUACCUUUGAAUACUGAUAUCUCAAGAAUAGCAGAAGAAUCUAUAUUAAUAUAUGAAUAACUAGCUUUUCGCCCGCGGCUUGGCCCGCUUUGUCUUAAAACUAAUUUAUACUAAUAUU